UUAUUGAAUGGACUCAAUAAGCUGCUCCGGUUGAAUUUGUGGGGCAACCAAUUAGAAACGAUUCCAGAUGGUUUUUUCUAUGAGAAUCGAGACUUGAGAGAACUGUCACUCUGGGGAAACGAGAUUUCUGAGUUGGAGGAACAUUUUUUUGCUGGGCUGUGGAAGUUGAAAAAGUUGGAUUUGGAUAGGAAUAAGAUAACUAAGCUGUCCAAAAUUGCUUUCAAACACCAGUCAGCUCUUCAGAUUCUCUUCCUAGGUGAGAAUCAAAUCAGCGAAAUCCAGAAAGAUUCCUUCGAAUACCUGGAGAACCUGCGAGUUUUGCACCUGGAUGGCAACAAACUCAACGCAUUCUUCCCUUACACAUUCGCCAAAUUGCGUUCUCUUCGAAUUCUCGACCUGACGAAUAAUAAAUUGAACUACGUCGUCGAUAAUUACUUCGCCAACAUGCAGAACAUCACUGAAAUUCGAAUAAGCAACAAU